AUGCGUGAGUUUGCUGAGCUAUCAUCUUGGCAUAACUGUGAGACAAGAGCACGUUGUCACUGUCCUGCCUACUUCAACGACUUCUCAGAGCAGGCCACAACAGGAUGCUCGGUGUUUAUUGCCGGUCUUAAUUCCAAUGAAAAAUGUAUGGAGCCCUUGUGCGAGCAAAUGUCUAAGGGAUCUAAGAUGGACAGGAGCACUGUACAUGAUGUUGUUCCUGUCGCGUGGUUCCACCAGGUCUGCCAUCUUGAGUGGUGGAAGGCAAUGGAGAAAGUCCAGAUCUUCUUGUUUUGUUGGAUGUUUACCCCUCUCGCUGGUCUGGAAACUUUGCUGAAAACCAGAACAAGAGACAACAACGUGCUCGGCAAAUUUGAGCUCGGCAUUCCUCCAGCACAAGAGGCCGUUCUUCAGAUCAUCAGUAUUGAUGCCAAUGGUUCUUUGAAUGUUUCAGCAGAGGAUAAGACCACUGGCCAAAAAGAACAAGAUCACAAUACCAAUGACAAAGGCAGGAUGUGUACCAAGAAGAAAUUGGAGGAAGAUGCUCAGGAGGCUGAGAAGUACAAGAACUAUGCAUACAACAUGAGAACACCUCAGGAUGAGAAAAAGGAUCAGUUUCCAACGGUUUGGCCGCAGCUAGAUAAGAAGAAAGAUGAAGAUGCUAUGGAUCAGGCCAUUCCGUUGGCUAGACAGCAACAGCUUGAGAGCAAUGAGUUCGAGUGACAGAUGAAAAGCUUAGAGCAGCAUCUCAAUCCAAUCAUUGCCAAGAUGUAUCAAGGUGCUGGUGCGACAUGCGGUGGCGGCAUGGAAGUAUUUGAUUUCCUCCAGCAGUAG